CUAGCUGUAAGGUGUUCAAGAUGAAUUAUUGUGGAUAUGAAAAUGGAAUGUCCCAUUAGCGGAUGCUAUCCUCGGACGAAGACGAAAUGUCCAGCAACUUCGAUCCUGCUGUGAAGACGCCGGUGAAGAUUUUGCGCGAAACGCCGCUAAAGUACCAAUCGAACGAUCACAUAAACAACCUGCAAGAGGAAAAAGAAAACUUCCUCAAGUUUGGUAAAAUACCACGGUUCCAGUUCGCCGGCGCUGUGGACUGGCUAGGAACAAAUAAGAAGAACAGUGAAAUACGAUUUGACUUUUUUCAAGAAGCGCGUUACAUUUUGGAGCGCGUGAGGGAUGUAUACGGCGGCGGCGAUGUAUUUUUUGACGCAGCUUUUGGAGAAAAGAUUUCUCUUAGCCAAGCGUCUCAGACUGUCUUACAGUAUUUAAAAUCACACGGUUUAGAUGGUUCUCUGAGUGUAUACUGGACAAGUGAUUUGAACUGCAGUGGGAAGAUGUUUUGGCAAGGACCCAAUGUACGCUACAAUCGACCCGAAGCACGGAAGUUUAGUUUGUGGCUCAAGAAAAGCAGCGAAAAUGUUUAUCUCCGAGAACUCGGAAUUAAAAGUUUGAUGGACCACGAAAUUGGCACUCAUUUUCUCAGGGCCACAAAUGAUGGUUUGCAGCCGUGGUACUCAAACAGGAAGAAAUUCGACCUUCGUUCUCCUAGGUCUUACACUGGCAGAGUCAACGAAGAAGGUCUGGCAGCGAUCAAUACCAUUUAUCAGGCGCAAGUUAAGAUGCUAUUUCUGCCAGCGUUACUCUACUACACAGCAUGUAUGUCGACUGAAAUGUCCUUCAAGGAGCUGUUUGAGCAUCUAGCGAUGUACAUAUACGACCCAGAGCAGCGAUGGAAGCAGGUGGUACGGGCCAAGAGGUGUCUCUCCAAUUGCAGCGACAUUGGAGGCUGUGGAUAUGAUCAGUGCUAUUUUGAAGGAGCUGUGACUAUUUUGCGUCAAGUGAACGAUAUCGAUUUCAAACUGAUGUAUGCCGGAAAAAUCUGUUGCGACGAACUGCAGAGGAUCAAGCGCAUUGCUCGACAGGGCUGUGUUAAACUACCUCACUUCCUAAAAGACAUAGUAGCCUACAAGAAAACACUGAACGAAAUUGCUCUAACGAAUGGACUCAUACAGAAAAUUAACAGACCUUUAUUCUGCCGAAAUAACUCUCGACCUAAAGUGCGCAAAAAGAAAUCUCUAGUUUCACCGCAAGAUCGAGUCCAGUCUAGAAUUUUUAGUUGUCCUAAAUCAAGAUCGCAAAGUGGUCCGCUUUCAACAACUCUUCCAACUAGGAUUUUGCCUCGGCGUUCUGACAUGUAUAGAAGGCUGUGUACUAGCGUGGCUUCUUUCGCACCUCUGUCAUCUUAACCCUUUACACCCGAACAUCAGUAUGCAUAUUCUCUAUACUGUUCUCCACACGUUUUUUAACUUGCUGACAAGGAGAACUUGUUUAACAAUCGAGAGCUUCUUAAGUUGGUGAUUAUUUCCUUUAUUCUCGUGACCUUAGUGUGUGACUUAGGGGUGUUAAUGUAGGGAGAAAUUAGAUGUGAGUCACUCUUAGGGGUUAAAGGGUUAAGAGAAGAAGAAUAAUAGAGUUUGCAUUGUUUUAAAUUGGUUACAGUGUUUGAGUCUGGUUGGAAUUCAUUCAAGAUGUGCGUGUUAAUUCUAGAGUGGAAAGAAAUAAGAACUGGUAUUGCUGUACAUGUUAGCAAUUUUUAUUAAAAGAAACAAUAAUAUUUUUUCUUA